UAAUGUCAAUGUCAGACAAUUUUCGAGGAUUUUCCGGUUUUUCUUCAGACUCGCGUUAAAAACAAACUUCCUGAAAAAACUUAAUAACUUACAUUAAUUCAACAUGUUAAAAGGUAUGGUUAGUUUGGUCACCGGUGGUGCAUCAGGUCUUGGGAAGGCUACCGUGGAGAGGUUCGCCAAGAAUGGCGGGAAGGUUGUAAUCCUUGACAUCCAGGCUACACGAGCUCAGGAAGUUGCUAAAAGGCUUGGUGACAAUGUUUUGGUUUCACCAGGUUCUGUUGUAUCGGAAGAGGAUGUAAAGAAGGCUCUAGAUCUAGCUAAAAAUAAGUUUGGUCGCUUGGACACACUAGUCAACUGUGCGGGGCACGCGGAGACUCAUCAGAUAUACAACUUUAACAGAGGCCAAGAGUGUGGAGUGGAUGGUUUUAGGAAAUGUGUUGAUGUCAACAUAAUAGGCACAUUCAACACAAUAAGACUGAGCUCAGGCUUGCUUGGCCAAAAUGCGCCCGAUGAAAACGGACAGAGAGGCGUCAUCAUUAAUACAGCGUCCACAAUCGCCUACGAAGGGGACAUCGGUCAAGCAGCGUAUGCGGCAAGCACUGCUGCGGUUAUAGGAAUGACCCUGCCAGUUGCUAGAGAUUUGGCUUCAAAAGGGAUCCGCGUUAUGACAAUAGCUCCAGGUAUAUUCGACACACCACUAGUCUCGUACUUGCCAGAGAAAAUGCUAGAGUUCUUAAAAAGGAUGUCACCAUUUCCAUCAAGGCUCGGCAAACCGGAGGAGUUUGCGCACUUAGUCACCAGCAUCAUUGAGAAUCCAAUGCUGAACGGUGAAGUGAUAAGACUAGAUGGGGCAAGACGAGUGUUCCCACUUUAGUUUAGUGUAGUUUAGGUUAUUGUUAAGACUGUUAUUUGUACAAAUGUAGUGUGUGAGAGUUAUAG